GUCGCACUGUAGGAACCUUGUGUCCGGGCUCGUGUUUCCUGAAGGGUUUGUUGUCGUUUGCAUGGAUACAGCAGUGAUGCUGCGCUAACAGAUGACCACUUUACAUCAAGUCGAUUAAUGAACAUUGAGGUCUGACAGUGAUGGACGAGGCUGCGGAGCUGUCGGCCAGUAUCGCGCAAAUAGUGCAACGACUGAAAGGGACACAUUUACACUCUCAGCUGGAGAAACAGGCAAAAGAAUGUUUGCACAGACCGGAGGUAAAACUUGAAUCACUUAAAGAUGACGUGCGAAGAUUGUUAAAAGAGUCAGGUUGGGAGAGAAAAUUGCAAAAUGCAGUUUACAGAGAAUUGCACAUACUUCCUCCUCCUGGGCAUCCGAGAGCACCUCCUGAACACACCAAAGAGCCCUUGGCAUAUAUGCGCAAAGCCCAGGCCGCCUGGGAAAAGAGGAUUACGAAGAGUUUAAACAGUAUGUGUACUGAGUUAGGAAUCCCACUGGCACGAAAGAGGCCGGUUUCAGAGCAGAAAGAGCUCACAAAUAAAUGGAACGAGAUGGGAACUGAUGAACCAGACCUAAGCAAAUUCAGACCUGUUUAUGCACCUAAAGACUUCCUUGAGGUGUUGAUUGCCUUAAGAAACCCUAAUAAUGAUUGCAGUGAAGAACUCACAGUCAGAAGCCACUGGGGAUUAAUUCAGGUUUCCCUCAAUGUCCGUGACAUUCCUCAAAUGAGGGAGAUGUAUCCAGAACUAGGCUUUACUUAUGGACAGCUUGGUAUAGAUGACCACACACAUGUUUCUCCAGAUUUGUUUGAGAGUGAGCACAUUCACAUUGGACAGAAAGUGGUGAGUGAGCAGGACAGUGCUGCUGCCCAGCAGUACAGCAGACAAGGCUGCCCUACAGGUUUAAGGGCUCAGUUAUGGACUCUCAUCGUGAACUCUACCACCGAUCCUGAGGACAUGACACAUUAUGAACAGCUGAAAGCUAGAGUCAUACACCAUGACCUGCUGGUGGACAACCUCAUUUAUAAGGACGUGAAGCUCACGGCAAGUAAUGAUGAUUAUUACUUCGUGUUCGAGGACUAUUUAUAUCAGGUUUUACUCUGUUUCUCUCGAGACACUGCAGUUCUGGAGCACUUUAACUAUAACAGCGCUACACCACCUAAAUCUUCCAUCCAAAGCAAGGCUGGCUCAGAGCAGUUUCAUGUGGUUUAUCCUCCAAAUGGUGUCAUCCCAUUCCAUGGCUUUUCAAUGUAUGUGGCCCCUCUGUGUUUCCUAUACAACGAACCGUCCAAGCUGUACAGUGUGUUCAGGGAGAUGUACAUUCGCUACUUUUUCAGACUGCACUCGAUUUCCUCGCAUCCGUCUGGUUUAGUGUCUCUGUGCCUGCAGUUUGAGAGAUUACUGCAGACUCAACUUCCUCAGCUUUUCUACCAUCUACGAGAGAUAGGAGCUCAGCCAUUACGUAUUGCCUUUAAGUGGAUAGUGCGGGCCUUUUCUGGAUACCUGUCGACUGACCAGCUCUUGUUGUUAUGGGAUCGUAUCCUAGGAUAUGACUCCUUAGAGAUAGUGGCAGUUUUGGCCGCCGCAGUCUUUGCCUUCCGAGCUGAAAACCUGAUGGAAGUGACAUCACUGGCAUCGGCUGAGGUUGUUAUUUGCAAGCAAGCUGUUCUUGCUGAUCUCUCAACUCUGAAGGUGAUGCCACUGAUACAGAUCCUCCUCUUCGCUACUGCCAUCUAAAGAACCUACGUAUUGCUGCUUAAAGCAAGUGCUGCUUAAUAGACCUUUCUCACAGUAACCGGAAAUACGUAAUCAUCGUGUAAGCGGAGUUCCUGUCAAGCGUCAACACACUAGAAAAACAUAAACCCGCGCAAGUUUAAAAUGGAUCAAAGAGUCUACACAACUUCGUUAACGGAUUUGCCAAAUAUUACAUUUGCUGGUGUGACACGACUAAUGGAGGAAAACAUUUUCCAUGAAGAAUUUGUCCAUAAAUUUCAAGGUAAGUAGAGAGCGAGUCUAACUGUUACUGAACUGUUAACUAAAACGACAUUAGAAGUCUCGCCGGAUAGCCUGAAUCCACUUCUGUCUGACUUCACCAUCAACAGGGAAUUGAUGGAACAGAUACGGCUUUUUACAUUGCCUUUACUGCGGAGGAAGUAGAUUUCCGCGACGAUUGCGUAGUUCCGGUCAUAAAUACGGAAGUUGUGAGAAAGGUCUAUACCUGUUGCUGGUGUUAUUAUCAAUCUGGUCUCAUGAUUCAAUUUCUUCUCCUCUGAAAUAACCAAAAUGUCUAAUCCUAAAACGUCACAAGGUACUGUGCUGCCUCUUCAGGAUUUAUCAGAUUUUCUCUGA